AUGGUUGGGGCUAGCUGGGGGAACCGCUUCGUGUUCCCGGCUCCGGACCCAUCCUACGGUCCGCAGUCCUAUCGGAGGCACCUGUGCUGGAUCCCCUGGAACGCCGUGAUCUCCCCCGACCGGGUCAAGGAUCCGGGCGUGCAGGAUGGCAUCCCUUGCCUGUGGUUUCCAGCGCCUAAAGCAGCAACAGUCAUCCUCUUCUUCCAUGCCAACGCAGAGGACUUGGGCAUGUCGUUCGCCAUCUUGAAGCACAUGCGUGAUCAGUUCAAGGUGAAUGUGCUUGCAGCUGAGUACCCAGGCUAUGGCCUCUUGCACCAUGUCGAGCCGUCCGAGGACGGUGUCUGCGAAGUGGCGCUCACCACAUUUCGCUUUCUGGUCGAUGUGCUUGGUGUCAGAUAUUCGCAGAUAGUCUUAUUCGGCAGGUCUUUGGGCAGCGGACCCGCUGUCUUCCUAGCAUCCCAGUUUCCGGUCGGAGGCCUGAUCUUGGUGUCCGCCUUCUCAUCUAUUCGAGCUGCGGUGCAAAGUAUUGCUGGUCGGUUCUUUGCCAUGGCGUUUCAAGAGCGUUUUCCGAACCACAAGACUAUCGCCAACGUGUCUUGCUCAACCCUCUUCAUCCACGGCGAGUCCGAUGGGCUCAUCCCCGUGGAGCACUCGGUGAAGCUCUUCAAGCGCUGCCGUGCGCGGAAGCUUCUGGUGACGCCGCCGGAGAUGGAGCACAACUCCAACCUUUUCGGCGAUGCCUCUUUUCUGGCGAUUCCGGCCAUCCACUUCUUCGGCUUUCCAGGCUACUAUACCUCCACGCCGCCCCGGCUCCCUGCCAGCAUGUUCGAAACGCCGGACCGGCGUUUGCGUCUUGCGGGCCAAGCGCAGCAAGAAGGAACUGCGCGGCCGUUUCUGUGCGAUUGCCUGGCCAAGAGGGAUCAGCACAGCUUGGAAGCAGGGUUUGGGCGGCAGGCGGACGGGGUUGACAACAUCACCAUCUGCCUGUACAAGGACACCACCGACGAGGUCGAGCUGGCAGGUGAUGAGGCCAAAGAGCGUCUGAAGAGGAUGGCGCAGGACGCAUUGCAGGAGAAGGGCAAAGAGGGCAGAGGGAAAAGCCAUGCCCAAGCUGAAGGUGACCUAGGAGAAGGUGAGCUUGAACAACAGUGGUCGCAGGAGGACCCGGGCAUUCGCUUUGUAGAUGGGCAACACGCUCCCGGGCUUCCAAAGCGAGAAGACCUGCCUCCACUCUGA